AUGGCACCCCAACAGCGGAUGCAAAUCCCAGGGUACUACUACGAUGAGGGAAAGGGCAAGUAUUUCAAGAUCGAAAAGAACACAUCGGCACCGCAGGGCGCCUUUUGGUCUGCGGACAGCGUCAAACGCCGCAAGAUCCAGCAUCGUGAGGCCGAAGCCGUUGCCGUCCGUCAGGAGCGCCUGAAGCGCCACAUUGCACGCUCCGCCGUGUUGAGGGAUCCGCUCCUUGGCGGUGUUCUCGACGUCGAGUUCGGUCUCCGGCGCGAGCGGCAGAUGCGCGCCCAUGCCGGCGUCGGUGCGGAAGACGUCCCGGCCGUGGCCUGGACGAAAGGGCUUGUCGACAAAGGUGAGGUGCCGUUUGUGCCCAGCUUCGCGAGGCAGAGCUUCCCGAAUAUACCAUGCUUCUAUGUCGGUGGAGAUGAUGUCAAGACGGGGCUGGGUGUUGCGUAUGCUACUCUGGAUGAGGAGACUUUGAUAGGGUCUUACAUUCCCACCGACGAGAAUGACAGGGUAUCUUUUUGCACCGAUGCCUCAAGCCGCCCAGAGCGCCGCCUGUCACACCGGCAUGAGAUGAUUGGCUGUCCACAGAUCUCUUCCAUCAAUUAUCACCCGCAUUCCCACCGCAUCAUUGUGACCUCCCGCGAACCAAGCAACACAUGCGACAUUUACCUCUUCUCCCCGCCCAAGUCCGCCCCAGACGAUGAUCGGCCUCUAUGGCUACUCGACAGAGCAAACAACCUCCGUCACAUCUCCUUCAACACGGGCCGCCGCGAAGGCGUUGUAAACCAAACGACACCAGCACCGCCCUCUUCAUCUUCCCUCAUCUGUGUCAUUGGAACCUCAUACGGCCUCCUCAAGCUCACCUCAGACGAACGUAUCCACUGGCUCGGCCCAGCCCGCCCGCGCCCAGGCCCCGCCGAAGGCGACUUCUUCGACCAGUCAUUCCUCCCCUCUAACCCCAACGUACUUCUCGCUGGCGGCCGCAACCGCGACGUCCGGAUGAUCGACAUGCGCGUUAAUUGGACCGAGUGGGAUAACAUCCCCGUCGGGCCCGUGGCGCGCCUGAGGGCCGUGAACCCACACCAGUUCCUCGCCGCAGGGCCGCGGUCGCGGAUGGCACUGUUUGAUAUCCGCUACCGGAAGCGCAGGCCAAACGGUACGAGGCCCGUGGUGAAUUUUACGGGCUACCGGAACGAGGCACACAUGCACAUCGGCUGGGACGUUGACGUGGAUUCAGGGGUGGUCGCAGCAGCGCACGAUGAUGGCCGCGUGGGUGUGUACUCGCUGCUCUCGGGGCGGAGGCUGGCGUGCCCCACAGUCGACGCCGUCAUGGCGAGGACGCCGAUUCGCAGUUUGCAGUUCCAGACGAUGCCGGGGCGAAGGCAUGCGAGCUUGUUCGCUGGCGUGGGGCCGAACCUGAAGGUGUUUUCGAUCGGGGCGCCGGGGGCGGACGACGAGUGCUAG